AUGACGCCUCCUCUGGAACCAUCAUCACCUAUGGACGGUGGAAUUCGAAAACGAGUAUGCAAAGCCUGCGAUCGAUGUCGCCUGAAGAAGUCAAAGUGCGACGGUGCCAGCCCUUGCGGUCGAUGUAAGGCUGACAACGCCAUCUGUGUCUUUGGCGAACGCAAAAAGUCCCAUGACAAGAUCUAUCCCAAAGGCUACGUAGAAAUGCUCGAGAGUCAACAAGCACAGCUCGUCUCCGGUCUACAAGAACUCUACAAGCGACUUCAAGACGGUCAAGGCUGGACCGGAUCACCCUUGAAGGAGACCAGCAAUGGCAUGCCAUUGACGCACGACAUUCUCGAACGAUUAGGAGCCUUGAAGCAGGAUGGCAAUGUCACGCAUGAAGGCUUCGAGGAGGACCUCAAUGUUCUGCAGCAAAGACUAAUCACUGAUGGUGCUGGCUUCAUGCAACGACAACACUCACACGACUCGCAUUCGGACACCAGUGCCCCGUCCCCCGUCUACGAGCCUGUCGCUCAGAGACUCAACUUUUCUAAGCCUUUCAAUCUCAAUCAACUACCUCCCACGCCUCCGAACCGAAGUCCUUAUCCUCACAACGUUCGAGCCGUCCCUACAAAAUCACAUACCUACCCCCACGCCGCCACCACUCAUUCGAAUCUCAGCUGGAAUACCCCAAUCUCCGAAUUUGACGACUCGAUGGACUUCAUCAACCAGUUCGAGUCGCCCAUGAUGGACCCGUCAAUAGACUUGACAUCUUUUCCGCCAGCAAUGUUUCAAGAUCCCAUGAUCUCUGCGGCGAUCAAUCCCUGUCUAACGAUGAAAGACUGGGCAGACCAGGAGGAUCUGCAGCGGUUCUUUAAUCCGACCAUGGUUUGA